AUGAUAUAAAAUUAAGUUUAGUGCGAGCAUAAACAAAAAUUUGUUUUGGGAAAACGCGAAGGAAUCAGCUGUCUUGUUAUCAAAGUUAUCGAUAAUUGCGCUCAGCCAGGGGCAGGGGUGUAGUAAGGGGGAUCGAUACACUACAAAUCCCGAUUAUUCCCACCUCCAUGUCACGCACACUUUCAUACUGACAUGUAACGUAAACAAUAAACAAUUAACUUAAAAAUAGAAAAGCUCAAGAUGCGGAAUAAAAAUUGUCGCGUUUGCUCUGAACAGGAGGCUACACUCAACCUUUUUGAGCCAGAAAAUAAUCACCUGGUUCGCCAAAUUCAAUCUGUUACGGGAGUAGAGCUAAGUGAUAGAGCAGAACUCUCUAGACACCUAUGUCUGGUUUGCCUAAACGAUCUGAAUGCAGCUAUUAAAUUCCGCCAACGCUGCAUUAUUUCCGAGAAGCAGAAUCUUGAGGGGAUCGGCAGCCCCAAAGAUAACUCAACAAAAGAAGAUCAGAACGAGGAUAGAGAUGACACCGAUAUUGAGUUGUAUUUCACGAAGAAAGAUGAGGCAACUUUGCUCCUGGAGACCAGCGAACCCAUUCUGUUUCCAGGAGAAGGUGAAAAAGAGGCCCCCAAGAAACCAAAACCAAAGCCAAUUGGCCGAGGUGAUCGGUGUGUCUGCGGAGAUUGCGGGAAAAGCAUCAGCAGGUCCAACCUUUUAGAGCACAAGCUCAGGCACUCGGGCAUCAAGGAUUUCCAUUGUCAGUUCGGCUGUGGCAAGAGCUUUGUCACCCGCAAGGAACUGAUCCGUCACAAUCGCACACACACGGGCGAAAAGCCCUUCGCCUGCAGCUACUGUCCUAUACGGUUCUCGGAUGAAAGUGCACGACUGCAGCACCAUCGACGCCACAGGGACGAACGUAAUUUCCAUUGUGACGUUUGCGAUAAGAGCUUCAUCAGUUCCGGCUGCCUUAGCAAGCACAAGGUGAUGCACUCCUCGGAGAGGCUGUUUAGUUGCGAAAUCUGUGAUAAGAGCUUUCAUAGGAAAGCACAUCUGAGUAACCAUUUGACCACCAUCCCUCACCUGGAGAAGGCGAGUUGUGUAAAAUAUUGACAAUCUAUUGUUAUUUUUGAUGUUUAAAAUGUUAAAUUAU